UCUCCUACCGAGUGUGUGUGUUCAAAUAUCAUCAGCAAAUAAUCAGAAAGGUCUUUGCCGAUGAUAUUUUUUGUUGUAACAAAAGUUUGCCCUUUUUUUAUCGCAAGUCGCUUCAUAAUUUUGUAGCCGACACAUAUUAGGGAUGCUGGUUCGUCCUAUUGUGGUUAUUUUAUGGAUGGUAGUAACCGCCAUCGCAAUUCCAUCGCCAAGCUAUAUUGCCGCCACUGAAAAUGGCAAGGCUACACCGAGGCAUAGUUACAAAUACAUCAUUGAUGACGAUAAUGGUGUGGAACAAGGAAAGGUUGAAACCAGAAGUGAUGAAUUGGCAACCGGUCAAUAUUACGUUAAUGGUGAGCAGUCAUCCACGGAUGUGAAAUAUUUCACCGACGAGUGGGGCUAUCAUCCAAUGGUUAAGUACAGUGCAUCGAGUGGUCAUAGUAUGGCUAAUACACAAUUGGCCCUGAGCGAACACGUCGCUCAAGCCCGAGUUAAUGACACCAAUUCCACAGAUGAUACGCAGAUGAUUGAACCAUGGUCGCCAAAUAACUUUGCAAUUCGGGAAAUUACUAACGACAACGAGAAAGUGCUGAAACCAUACAUAGAGGAGGUGUCAGAGAGCCGUGCCACUGAGGGAAUGAAUAAUACUUCACUUACAACGCUCGAAGAGACUCGGAUAAUUGACAAUUCCGGUAGUUUUGGUCAGCGCAUACCCAAUACUCAGAAUAGUGCAAGUACAUUACCCAGGCAAAAUGAAACCCACCACACAACACUUGAAUUACCCCACACCUCUCAGUCAAUAAUCCAUCACACUGUCAACCUAUCUCCUGUCAUUACCACUAAAAAUUCAUCCUCACACCAUAAUUCCUCAGUAUAUAAUUACGAGACUACCCUAGAGAGUAUACGAAAGCUAUUCAACAUGGAGGCCAAAGAAGAAAUUAACUACAAGGACCCACGUAAUCCCCAAGUAUUUCACCGAGAAUUCGCCAGUAACCAGCUAGCGCACCAAAAACACUCCUACCCAGUAUCUGGAGAUAAUAUCGACGUGCAGUUAUUGGAGAAGCCACCGCCACAAGUUUCACGAACAUUCUCUAAGCCUAUUGUCGUUGCUGAAGUCCCCAACUCAGAGCCAUUUGAGUACAAUACAACUUUCCACUGCAACGAUCUGACUGAUGACAGCACUGGAUCCAUUACAUCUUUCACAAUUGAUAAGACUAUACCGUUGACUCCAGCUCCAAGUACUUUGUUAAGCGAUACUGCUGUUUUAGUGACGCCAAAAAUUCACAGCUACUCGCCUAUAACCACAUCUUCUGUGAUACUGAAUCCAAUCCAGGCCGGUGUAGCCCUGAUGAAUGCAGGUGAGGCCGACUUUAUAUCGAGUGACACUGAGCAGCAAUUAAAAUUAGUAAGCUUCAAUGCGAGUGCAAGUAAGGAGAUGGAAAAGCUAUCUUCAAAGAGUAUUGUACAUCCAGGCUUAAUUAUUGGCACAUCCGAUGAAGCUUACGGUGAUGAGAUAUCAAAAUUCAAUGGGCGCGCUGCAGGAAUCGGUACAGCCUCCUAUCAAACGGUUGAAAUACAAAAUUCACGUGAGUUAUAUGACAAUAACCCCGUAGAGGAAAUACAUUAUCCCGCUGAAAUGGCGCCGCAGGUAGUGACCAUCAAUCAACUCUCUCCAAAAUAUCUCAAUAUACCGGUAUAUAAGAAUCCAAGGCAAGUUGAGCAAGGUAAAACUUAUGUGGAUACCGUCAACGCCAAUUUUGGCUACCAAUCGAUCCUCGAUAGACCUGAGUUACUGUUGCAAGAGCUUCAAACGAGUCCCGAGGCUCCACCCUCAACCCGCUUAGCAUCUCAUCCCGAUCGGCAAGAGAAAAAUAACGCCAACGCUUUAGUAAAUCCAAUGAAACACCUUGAAAAUUACGUUGCAUCUAAGAAUCUUCAUGGCAUAAAAUUUCCGAAGGAAAAAGCCACUGACGAGAUAAGUUUUUAUCCUGAUGCAAGGAUGAAAGAGAAUCAUAUUUACCCGGAAUUUGAAUCGGAAAAGGUCUUCCAGAAUAUGCAGGUGAAUGCUCAGCAGACAGGCAUGUCCCUAGAAUCCGGAAAAAGGGUGAAAAAUAAUAGUCAAAGUAAUACAAAGUCUAGCCUCCAGAAAUUGUUGACUGAAGAGAAACAGCAGAAUGUGUAUGGGCACAGCACACGUAUUAUAAGCACAGUGCCACCGACAGAGAUUGAGAAGAUUGAGAUGAAAGGUAUUUCAAGAGAAAUAGAAAAAGCCAUACGACAGUAUUCUUUAUCCGAGGAUAUCGGAAGAAGUACUAUUUACAUUCAUAUACCAACUGAGGACGAUUCACUUCUCGAUAUUGGUAACUACGACAGCCAAACAAUUCGAGGACCUCAAAAGUCUUCGGAGACAGAUGUCCUUAAUGGGAAAAAAUUACAGGAGCAGCAUAUUGUGAAUCCACAUCAGGAUACAUCGCAAUUUUAUCCAUUCCCGGAAGAAAGAGUCCUUGAAAAGGCAGUGACUGCUCUUAACCCAUACCCAAAGCCCAUUGAAAAGAGUUUACCACAGCCGGUUCAUAAACUACUUCCUCAUCUCUCCCCACUUCAUAUAUCACAACCAUACCCAGUUGAGAAGAUUGUUGAGAAGCAAACUCCACUUCAGGAGCCACAUCCCCUCGAAACACUAACAAAACCAUUGGAACUGACGAAUUAUAUCGAGAGCACAAUUCAUAUACCGUAUGGGGUACAAUAUGGAGUUAGUUAUCAGCAAAUUAUGAAUCCGCCUACUAAUAAUUUAUACGAUAGCAACCCAGGUGAACCACAAAUGCAGACUAAUGGAUCCGACCACCUGUUCCAAGGCUACUAUCUCAAUAAACCAGUUGUACCAAUGAAAAAUGCUCAAUUAGAAUUAACUAAACGUUAUGGUUCUUUAAAUCAAUUAUCAAAUAACAAACAGUUACAGCCGCAAGUGCAGCAACCAUUGCAGCAAUCGGCGCCACCGAUUUAUCUAAAGAAAAUUCACUUUACCAAUCAGUUUGUAUUGCCAUUGCAUUCACGUUCAAUCGAUCACCACAUACCUUCCCACAGAAACUUGGUGUAUCGUGCUAUCGAUAAAGGAGCCAACAAAAAUUUAGAAUACAUAGGACCAGUACCAUUACCACAGCAUGCCCUGAAUCUUCAUCAACGAAAUCAGCUGGUACAUCCGCUUCAUCAAGAAACCCUUCGGUUCUUGACUACUGUUGCACGAUCGACUGGUGCUGGUAACUUGAGGAGAGCGAGAUUGCCGGAUGUACAUUAUCAAAGUAGAACGAGUAAUUUCAGACAGUCGAAAAUGGAGUACGGCUUUAAACCUCCCAUGGUACCGUCAGUGCAGUACGACGAACAAACUGCAACUAGAGUGGAAAAUUGACGCUCCAUUUUUUCAUCACUAAUCGUUAAAAACUCUUUGUACUUAAUCUUUCUCUUUGUAUAUUUUUUACAUUCAGUUGACCUUUAAUAGAAUAAUUU